GUGUUUGCUGCUGUUGAAGAGUAUCUUAGUUUCCUCAGAUGUUGUAACUGCUAUGCGUUCUUGCUUUGCUUUGUUUGGUCUUAUCUCUACCCGCUUUCAUGGCCAGGCUUCAAACAGGAAGUGAAGGAAACUGAGCUGAGAAAAGUACACUGACCAAAGACGUCAAUUGAUACAGUGAUUCGGAUCAACUCCGGUGAAGUUUCAUAUCUUCCUAAAGAGGGAGUCUCGCAAGAACGUCCAAGUUGAACGUUCACUUAGAUCUUAGAGCCUUGGGACCAGGGACUCGGAGGUCGUCGGUACUGCAGCGAGAUACCAAUCCCUCGCUUCGAAUCAGCCUGAUAUUCUUGAUAGGGCUGGACAAAGCCCCAAUCCCAUGCUGCUACCCCAAUCAGCGACACGUUGAGGUCCGAAGCCAUAUCCACGCGACAUCAGCGUUGUACGCUCACCUCGUGUGUACGAGCCCUUGAACCUCACGCAUCCACAUGAACCGACGGUAGAAAUACUCCACGGCCAGUAUUCAACUUAAUCAACUUUCUUCCCGUCUCUACAUAUGGCUUCAGAUUCCGGGUCCCACGAUGGGACUGAGUUGGAGAUUGACUAUCAUAUCAAAGAACUGCUUUCCGGAUUAUCCGCUCUCCGAGCCAGGCAACAGCAGGCUGAAGCCGAGGCAACAGAACUGAGAGAGCAGCUUGAAAUUGAGCGAAGAGGGUUUCGUGCUCUUAAAGAAGAUUUUGUGCAAGAGAGGGACAAUUGGAAGAUAGAGAAAAAGGUGUAUGAGGGGCAUAUAUCCGCUUUAAAGGAUUCAGAUCGACGUGUGGUCUGCUUAAUUGACGGUGACGGAACAAUCUUUUCGCCGUCAUAUCUAGCCCAAGGUCAGAUUGGCGGACACAAUGCUGCUCAGGCCUUGGUCGAGCAUAUCCGUGACUAUCUGUUACAAGCAGAGUCGGUUUCCUCUUCCUCUUACGAGCUCACCAUAUAUUGCUUCCUGCAUAAGAAAGGACUCGCAGAAACACUGGGGAAGGCUGGAUAUGGGGAAGCAAGUGCGCUUUUCGACGAGUUUAUAGCCGGGUUCAAUCAGGCCGGUCACAGGUUUCUCAUGGUCGAUGUUGGUGCUGGAAAAGAGAACGCUGAUUCAAAGUUAAGGGCGUUCUUAGCGGAUCACGUUCGGUCACCCUCUACCUGGAAGAUUUUCCUUGGUGCAUCGCAUGACAAUGGCUAUGUCCCUGAAUUACGCUCCUUAAUUGCUCACGGUCAGAGCGAGAAAUUAGUGCUCUUACCUGGCUACUCUGAGAUUGCAUUCGGGAUCAAACAAUUGGGGUUGCCUUCCCUUCUAAUUCCUGGCCUAUUCCUAGACCAGAAGAUCAAUCUUUGGGCCUCGCCUCGCGCUACCCCUUCUCGUGCAGGCACUACCAGUGUGCAAUCCAGCCCUCUACCAGCUCCUUCUCGUGCUGCUACACGACGAGGCUCGGAUGCAGGAUACUUCACGCCAGCUACUCGGUCGCGUUCCCGAGCAGCUUCUGUACGCCGCUCGUCGACAUCCCUCUCGGAGGUUAGCGAUAGUUCUGUCUCGCCUGAGUCCAGCCCGUCUCAACGAACUGCGUCUAUAACGUCCGACACCGAUGUUAGUCAGGGGAGGAGUCCACCCGUCAACGUGCCUUUAAAUAAACUUCGGCCUGCGCCGUGCAAUUCGUUCUAUCUUUUGAAAAACUGCGAGAAUACGGCCUGCUCGUAUAGUCACAGUUGGGUCCUCUCACCUCAGCUGCUUGCAACACUUAGCAAGUUGGCGAAGAACGCACCGUGCCAUACAUUAAUUUCCACUAAGGAAUGUUCCAUGGGCGAGCAAUGCAUUUAUAGCCAUAGGUGCCCGCGAGGUCCGAAUUGUCACUUCAAGAAGAAAGGCUACUGCAAGUUCAAAUUGGCGGGAAUGCAUGACGAGGCUUCUGACUGAAGCGCAUGUAAACCUUGAAGUAUUUAAGUACAAGUUGGCUCAAGUUGAGUCCUGUAUCGUUACCUUGGCAGGGGAUCGGCUUUAUGUCUCAGUUUCUUUCUUUAUUGUAUGCGGCAUACAUGUACUCUUCUUUCAAGCUAUGAUGUAUCAUACGUAUGAUUUGUGUCGUUUUAUGGUUAUGCAAUGUUUUAUCUUGUCGAAUACUACACUUCC